UCCGGCGGCGGCUGGGAGCAAGCGGCAGCCGGCUGGGGGAGGGGGUGUCGGCGCACCGCGGAGUCCUGCGCUCCGUGAGCCUGGCACCCGGAGCAGCCGCCUCCCCCUCCCCCUGCCUAGACCGCUAGAAGCCCCCUCUCUUCCAUCCUCCCGGGGCGGGGGUGAGCUGGGCUCAGCUGCCCAAGGCGGGCGGGGCGGAGCCAGGAGCCCCACCGAGCGCUGCGGAGCGAACCUCACCUUUCCAGGGCGCACGGUGUGUGUGUGCUUUUUCUAACGCGACCCCGACUUCAGCCGACUUAACCUUUGUGAGCCACUGCCCCAUGUUGUGUUGAUGCCGGUCUGCCAUGCUAGCCUGUCUACCAGGGCCAGGUGACCUGUCCUUUCAGCUUCUUUCUCACACGCAGAUGAACACUGGACUUCAGAAAUGGGACACUACACAGAAAAUGAGAACUGCUCACUAUCCUACCCCAGCCGAAUUGGAUGCGUAUGCUAAGAAGGUCGCAAACAACCCACUGACUAUAAAAAUCUUCCCCAACAGUGUGAAGGUUCCCCAGCGGAAACACGUUCGUCGUACUGUGAACGGCCUCGACACAUCAGCCCAGCGCUACAGCCCCUACCCGACACAGGCUGCCACCAAGGCAGGCCUGCUUGCCAUUGUCAAAGUGCCAGCCAAAAGCAUACUCAAGGACUUUGACGGCACCCGAGCCCGGUUGCUCCCUGAGGCCAUCAUGAACCCCCCAGUGGCACCCUAUGCUACUGUGGCACCCAGCACUUUAGCCCACCCCCAGGCCCAGGCUCUGGCCCGCCAGCAGGCCCUGCAGCAUGCACAGACCCUGGCCCAUGCCCCUCCCCAGACGCUGCAGCACCCUCAGGGUAUCCCGCCACCCCAGGCACUGUCCCACCCUCAGAGCCUCCAGCAGCCUCAGGGCCUGGGCCACCCUCAGCCCAUGGCCCAAACCCAGGGCUUGGUCCACCCUCAGGCCCUGGCUCACCAGGGUCUCCAGCACCCCCACAAUCCCUUGCUGCAUGGAGGCCGGAAGAUGCCAGACUCAGAUGCCCCCCCGAAUGUGACCGUGUCUACCUCAACUAUCCCCCUUUCAAUGGCGGCCACUCUGCAGCACAGCCAGCCCCCGGACCUGAGUAGCAUCGUGCACCAGAUCAACCAGUUUUGCCAGACGAGGGCAGGCAUCAGCACUACCUCAGUGUGUGAGGGCCAGAUCGCCAACCCCAGCCCCAUUAGUCGCAGUCUGCUCAUCAAUGCAAGCACCCGGGUGUCGACCCACAGCGUCCCCACACCAAUGCCUUCAUGUGUGGUCAAUCCCAUGGAGCACACCCAUGCGGCCACCGCCGCGUUGCCUGCUGCAGGUCCUGUCAACCUGCCCACAGGCAUCUCUCGCGUCCCCACUGGCUACCCUAGCGAUCUCAAGCCAGUCACCUGGAACCAGCACCAGCUGGCCCACCUACAGCAGAUGUGCAGCGAGGCUAGUGGGACGCCAGCCCCUGGCCUGACAGGCAAGCAUGCAGCAGGACGCGAGUUGGCAGGGCCUGGCUUUGUGGGCAAGGCCCCUGCCUACCCGCAGGAACUCUGCCUGGCGCAGUCCUUCCAUCUGAAGCCACCCCUGGAAAAGCCGACCCCAUCCCCACCAGUCAACGGCAUGGCAGCCCCAUUGGCCUACCCCAAUGGUCACUACUUCCAACCCCUGUGGAACAACAUUCUGCCCACUCCCAAUAGCGACAGCUCGGGGUCUCAGGACCUCGCCAUGCCGUUCCACGGUGGGCAGCCCACAGGUGCACCCCUCGACUGUGCGGCAGCUCCCGGGGCCCACUACCGAGCAGGGACCGGGGGCGGUCCAGUGGCAAGCCAGAACAGCUUGAUGCAAACAGUGGAUUACCUAAGUGGGGAUUUCCAACAGGCCUGCUUCCGAGAACAGAGCCUGGCCAUGCUGAGCAAGGCCCACCGAGCCCCUGGCAACCGAGCCCCCGAUCCCACAGAGAGUCGAAGUCUUCAUAUUCAGCACCCAGGGUAUAGAUAGGUAGCCCUGCUGCCCUCCACGUGCAACACAUCAUACAUCACCCUCCUAGGUUUAGUCUUUUAAGUAACUGGAUAGUUUCAAAGUUUCACUGCUCCAGUGUGAUCAUUCUUAGAUGUCUAAGGGAAUUUGGUGGGAUCUAAGUGGGGACAGAAGGGGUCCUCUCAUCCUCCCCUUCAGCAACUUUUGGUUUUAUGUUAGAACCUAACCCCAAGCCCAGGCUUUUCUCUCCACUGACUGCCUGUCAGCUAGUCUCUCCACCUUGGCCUUUUCCAGCCAGCUCCCACCCAUCUUUUCUUGAAUUUUUUCCUGUUUCCCUUAGGACGACUGAGGUGUGGGCUGAGGGAAUGCCCUAGUUGAGGUAGUAUAGGUGCUCAGGCCCCUAAUCCACACCUCUACCUGUUGCUACCCCCUUUCCCCUCCCCCCAGGACUAAGAAGCAAGAUUUCCCAGGUUCUCUGAAAGCUAAUUACUUACUCAUGGAAAGAUCUCAAAUCAAAGCUGACCCAGUCUUCAUAUCCUUCAAGUUCCUUUCCAUUCCUCAAGGCUUUGUUUUGUGUCUAUAUUGAUCCCACAGCCACUGCACUUGCCCUUGCCACACUUGAUCUCAAGGGCAUCUUGGAAGUAUUUGACCAUUUCUUGAGAUACGGGGGAAAAACGUCUUUGUAUUGGCAUCUUGGUUCCGGACUCCCCUUUCCAAACCUAGAAAAAUACAGUGACUUCAGCAUACCCAAGAUCCCUUUCUCACUGUUGCCUGUCCCCUAACUCACCUGCCCAUAGCCCCUAUCCUUUCCCCCUCAACAAAAACAAAAUCUACCUUACUUGAGGAAUUAGGUAGGUAAGGAAUGAUCACAUUGGAGUUUGGGGUUAAAAACACCAAAAAAAAAAAAAAAUGCAUUUGGUUCUCUCUACACUGGCUAAGAAUAUUGCUCUACACUGUAAGUUUUAAAUGUUACGUUUCUGUAUGAAUGUAGUGUGGGUUUGAGUAGCAUUGUGUGUGAGUGGCCCCACAGGUACAUUCACCCUCUAGUGCAGCCCCUCAGUUUAAUGAAGGAAAAAAAACAAACACAAAGCCUUAAGCUCUUUGAAUACUUCCUUUACCAAAUGAGCAUGGUUCUAACACCUGGAGAUGGGCCUCCAUUGGAAACAGCCCUUCCUGCCCUCUGUCCAUUCUUAGAGCAUACCUUCAUCCACUCCAUGCUCAGCACGUCUCAUCCCAAGCGACAAUUAGUUGGCUAGAAACACUUCUGUAAUUUUAAACUUAGAUUGUUUUGUUAUAAAUUUUUGCACCAUUCUGUUAAAGAUGCAGAAUUGGGCUUUUUUAUUUUUUACAGAUGAAAUAAGCCCUUACCUUUCCUCUUGUCUCUGGGGAAUGUCAGCUGAUGGUUCUUACUUAAGGUUUUGCAUUUUGUUCACUAUCCACUUCUGUUCGUUACCCAGAAAUUCUCUAGUGAUCUGAAGCAAUGUGACUGAAGACCAGUUUUAAGUUAUGUGUUGGCAAGUUGCCUUAUAUUUAAAAGGAAAAAAAAAAAAAGCCUGAUUGUGUUAUGCCAAAUGAUAGCAACAUGAAGUCCUAAUUUAUUGUUACCAAUUGUUUUCCUGCCGUCUGUGAACACUGUUACCUCCCUGUCCUGAUCCCCCAGGAGCACCUGCAGCUUCUGACUCAAUCCCUUCUCCCAAGGUGUUGGCCGCCAUCUCACCCAGGGCCCUCUUCCAGUUCCUGCUUUUCUGAGUCAGAUUUAAAGAGCACCACUGUCUUCCCCCUAUCCCUUGCUUGAUCUCCAAAGCAGAUAUUUUUGCUGUAUUUUUUUUUUCCUCCCCAAUACCUCUCCCUGAAAGGUGAGCUGCCAUUUUAGGAAAUUGGACCAGACACCAACUUGGGGGCUUUAAGUCAAACAACCUCAAACCCAUCUCUUCCUGUGUAGGGGUGCAAGCCUCUGAAGCUCUCACUCCCACCCCUAGUCUGCAUGGAAAAUGUACUGUGAUCCCCCUGCCCCCAACUGCCCUCGCCUUUGGUGUGAGAUGUUCCUUCUUUCGGAGUUCAGCCUGAGUCCCUCUCUCCUCUGCCAGCCAACCCCCAGCCAGCAAUAAGGGUCCAAGCCAGGGCCUCCUCUCCACACUCCCUGUCUCCAUCCUACACUACCCUAGGGAAUACCUGGAUUCCCCACUCUAUCCACAUACUGUAGCAUUCAUUCUCCAUCUCUCUCACCUCACCUGUGGUGGUUUAUGGAUGUGAUGGGGUUUUUAAGAUUAUUAUAAACCAGUAAAAAUAAGAAAACCUCG